AUGGCCGUCUUAUCGAAACCGUUCUCCAGCGCAUCCUUAAAGUCCGCCGUCAAUGACCUCACGUCGCUCUACCUCCAACAUCGAACCCGCAUCUCGCGCGCCGUCUACCUGACCCUCUUCGUCGCGCUGAUAAACCGCGUGCGCAAUGCCAUCGCCGAGCAAAAGGCCGCGUCGCUGCGUCGCGCAACAUCGAAGAGUACAAAAGAAGGCGAUGGACGCAAGAAGGUCGAGCUGAACCGCGAGUUCUUCAAGAAUCUAUUGCGGUUACUGAAGAUAUGCAUACCGGGGUGGAAGAGUAAGGAGCUCCGGUUGAUCAUCAGUCAUAGCGUGUUUCUGGUGUUGAGAACGAUGAUCAGCUUGUAUGUUGCGGAGCUGGAUGGGAGGCUGGUCAGCAGUCUGGUGAGGGGGAAGGGGAAGGAUUUUCUGAAGGGGUUGCUUUGGUGGAUGACGGUCGCUAUUCCGGCGACGUUUACCAAUUCGAUGCUUUCGUACCACCAGUGCAAGCUCUCGCUACAAUACCGCACGCGCCUCACAAACUACAUACACAACAAAUACCUCUCGCAAAUGACAUUCUACACGCUCUCCGCUCUAGACGACCGCAUCAAGAACGCAGAUCAGCUCAUCACCGUCGAUGUAGCUAAAUUCGCUAACAGUCUCGCGGAGCUGUACUCGAACCUCGCAAAGCCCGUCCUCGAUAUUGUGAUAUACAACUACUCGCUGUCACGAAGCGUAGGUGGUGAGGGCCUCUUCUUCAUGAGUCUACUCGUCCAGAUCUCCGCAAACGUUAUGCGCGCACUCACUCCACCAUUCGGGAAAUACGUUGCCGAUGAAGCACGGCUGGAGGGCGAAUUCAGAUUUCAACACUCAAGACUGAUCGACUAUAGCGAGGAGGUGGCACUUUAUCACGGACAUGAGGCGGAGAAAGAUACACUGGACAAGGGGUAUUUUACACUCAUCAAGCAUGUCAACCGGAUACUAAGAAGACGGUUAUAUCACGGCGUCAUGGAAGACUUUGUCAUCAAGUACUUCUGGGGCGCGUUGGGAUUGCUACUUUGCAGUGUGCCUGUAUUCUUCACAGUGCCAGGAUCGAACUCAAACAGCAUGGGCGACCGGACGGAAAGCUUCGUCACAAACCGUCGCAUGCUCCUUAUGUCCUCGGACGCCUUUGGUCGCGUAAUGUUCUCUUACAAAGAAAUCAGCGAGCUCGCAGGCUACACAUCACGCGUCUCUACCCUUCUCGACGUCAUCGACGAUAUUCAAGCUGGCCGCUUCGAGAAGAACCUUGUCUCCUCUGCCGACACAGAGGAAAAUGCUGCCGUGCUACGCGGCCGCGGCACCGUCACUGAGGGCGAGGACAUUGAAUUUAUCGACGUACCCAUCGUAUCACCAAACGGUGACGUGCUUGUACGCGCGUUAACCUUCAGCGUAAAGCCCGGCGAUCACCUCCUCAUCGUCGGGCCCAAUGGAUGCGGGAAAUCUAGUCUAUUCCGCAUACUGGGCGGCUUGUGGCCUGUGUACGGUGGAAAAGUACGGAAACCACCGUUCGAAGACAUCUUCUACGUACCACAGCGUCCGUACCUUUCCCGGGGUACAUUGCGUCAGCAAAUUAUCUACCCGGACAACUUGCGCGAAAUGCGCGACAAAGGCAUCACAGACGCAGAUCUCUACUCGAUCCUCUCCGUCGUGGAAAUCGAGUCCAUAGUUGACCGCCCGGGAGGUUGGGACGCAGAGCAGGAGUGGACAGAUGUGCUAUCCGGCGGACUGCAACAACGUGUCGCAAUGGCACGCCUCUUCUACCACCGCCCUCGAUACGCCAUCCUAGACGAAUGCACGUCGUCCGUCACGCUAGAGAUUGAAAAGGUCAUGUACGACGAAGCUAAGCGGUUGGGCAUCACGCUUAUGACCGUGUCGCAUCGGAGGAGUUUGUGGAAGUAUCAUGAGAAGAUACUGCAGUUUGAUGGGCAGGGGAAGUCUGUCUUUACUAAGCUAGAUGCUGAGAGGAGGUUGGAACUUGAGGACGAGAAAGAGGAUAUCGAACUGCAACUCCGUGCGGUUCCGGAUAUCGAGCAGAGGAUUGCGGAACUGACCUCUUCAUAA